ACCAACUUCAUUAUGUUUUCUAUUUUCAGCACGCAGCCCCAUCUCCCUCUCUAAAUGGUCGCUCUCUCACGAACCUCAACUCCUUUUCUAAUUCUCCGCCAUGGUUAGGCACCAAAAAGACCCGCAAAAUUCCAUCCACAGUGUCCUAAUCGUCGGUAACUACUGCCACGAUGUUCUUCUUCAAAACGGCACCGUUCUAGCUGAAUCUCUUGGUGGGGCUGCCUCUUUCAUUUCUAAAGUUCUCAAUGGCUUGUCUAUUUCCUGUAAUUUGGUUUCUAAAGUUGGCCGAGAUUUCAAGUACGAAACUAGUUAUGCCCCAAUUGUGAUAACCAGUUCGAAGACAACGGUUUUCCACGCGUAUUUUGAUGACUCGAUUUCGGAUCCGAAUGGGCACCAAGACCGGGUCCUGAAACGGGUCUCUGCAUGUGAACCCAUUCGGCCCUCGGAUCUUCCUGAUGGGUUGUUUGAUUACGGGAUGGCUGUUGGUGUCGGUGGAGAGAUUUUGCCUGAAACGCUUGAGAAAAUGUUGGAAAUUUGUAAUGUAGUUUUUGUUGAUAUUCAAUCCAUAAUUAGGGUUUUUGAUAGCGUUGAUGGAACAGUGAAACUUGUGCCGUUGAAAGAUAGUGGCUUUUAUCAUUUGUUACCCAAAGUUGGGUUUUUGAAGGCCUCUUCGGAGGAGGCUUCGUUUAUGGAUGUUGAAGAUGUGAGAAAGUUGUGUUGUGUUGUGGUGACAACUGGGAAAGAAGGUUGUGAAGUGAAUUGGAGAGAUGGAAAAGUGAAGAUUUUGCCGUUUUCAGCUACUCAGGUUGAUCCAACGGGUGCUGGAGAUAGCUUUUUAGGUGGGUUUGUGACCGGGUUGUUUCAGGGUUUGGCCGUUCCUGAUGCUGCAUUGCUAGGGAACUUUUUUGGGUCCAUUACUGUUGCGCAAAUUGGACUGCCCAAGUUUGAUUCGAGGGUGUUGCAGAGAGUUAAGGAUGAGGUGCAGAGGAGAAAGAUAAGCUGCUGUGAAAGAAGAGAUGAUGUGUUGAAGUUUAUAAAGCCGGCAGGGCAUGAACAGUUUUAUGCAUCUCUUUGUGCAGCCAAGCUAGUAUCAGAUUGUAACAUCCGGGUACCUCAAUGGGAUGUACAAAGUUCACCUGCCAAAACAGGGGAGCAGGAUAUUCUUCCCCAGUAUAGUGACCAGCCUAAAUUGUUACUUAAUCCUGUGUAUGAAGAGCCAAUAAAAACAGUUCAGGGUAAACCUUGACUGGGGAAUGUUUCCCUUUUUUAAUGGAAUAAUAUGGAUAGAGAUCUCUUUGCCCAGAGAUUUGGUGUUGGUCAAUCAAUCCAAAUUUGGAAAUGAAUGACAAACUAAAGCAUUAAAUUCCUAUAAAUCUAGAAAGCUUCCCAGGUAAGUAGUUGCCUUGCCUUUUCCCGGACAUUUGUAUGGUGUUGAGUUUUUGUAUUAGCCCCAUCUUCACUUGCAUUUUGUUGUUAGUGCAAACGCAGAGUGUAGUCUCUAAGAAAGAAGUGAAUUUGC